AGAUUGUUUGGUCUUAACAUCUCCAUGUAAAACAGCUUUCAAAUUUGUGAUAGUCACUGUAUCAGAACCACUAUGAUGAGGUUUUCUGUUCUAAUCUGCCUAUCAGUGCUGCUGUUCAGCACUUCGGCCAAGCCAUACAGGCCCAAGGAAAAAGUUUUCAGCAAAGCAGUUCAGGACACAGUUUUUGAUCAUCCCAAUGGGAAGAUAAUCCUAGGAAUGAAGGAGGUGGAGCCACCACAGGACAUGGAUAUUACAGAUUUUGACAUCGAUCCUAACAUGUUGAUUUGGAAAGCUGUAAAAGAGGAAAUUCAGCAGAAAUACAACAGACCUGAAGAGGAUAAAGAUGCUCUCUACCACCCCUUUGAUAUAAAACAUCCAGCUGACCCAAAACAGCAUGAAAACUACUUUCAGCCACUGAGACACGAUCAGGUACAGAAGUAUGACAAACCAGAAGAAGACAGGGACGGUCUAUACCACGGCAUGUUUGGUGUAGCUGUUGAGCCAAUGAGAGGAGAGAAGGAUGUAAUUGGAGGUAAUGCCAGGCCCAUCUACUCAAGCCCUGAAGAGGACAAAGAUGACCUGUACCACGCAGAUCUCAAAGGACAUCAGUCUGACCAGCAGGCGAUGAAUAUAUUCCCCGUUCACCCCAAAAGAGUGCACACAGAGCCAGAGGUAGACCUGGAUGAACUUUAUCAUAAGCAAUGACAAAAUAAGUCUUGUUGUGUCUAAAUGACUGCUGGAUGUUAAUUCAUUGUGCAGUUUUAAUUAAAUGAUCUCUAUUGUUAAAAUCAUAAAAUGUGUCUUAGUAUGAUUUUUUUAAAAUACAGUAUUAAACAUAGAAAAAGUAUACCAUAACUAGUAAGCCAUAUGGUUCACUUACUGUUUUUUAUUGAAUCAUUUUUAAAUAAAUAAGUAAAUGAAAUACAUUUUUAUACAAUCAUAAUAAAAUUAAAAAAAAAAAAAAAAUAGAAAGUACUUAUUAAGGCAAAGUAUUAUAGGAAAAGCAAAAGUAUUGAUUCACAGAACAAUAGGCAACAUAAUGAAAUGCUGCCAGGUGAGGAUUGAGCUACACCUGUCGCACAAAAGAGCUAAAACUUAAAAUAGGUAAAUUUUAAAAAAAUUAAAUCUUGCUGAACAGAGCUAAUUUUCAGUUCACAAAACUUAAUUUUUUUUAAUCAAUCAAAGAAAGGCGGAUACAGUUAAGAAUUUUCUAAUUGUUUUGCCGUAUGAAUUGUAUGAUUUUUCUCU